AGUUAAAGGCCAGAGAGUGGUGACAUCUAAGGAUCGGGUUCAAGAAGGGACAGAAGUUCUGAAACUUAAAAAUGGCUGGUAAAGAAAAUGUCCCUAGACCUGCAGUGAUCAAAAACAAUACAAUGGUGGAAGAAAACUGUAUUCCUUUAAAAUCUUCUAAUGAACGAACCAAUUCAUCUGUAAUAAUUGAUACAUAUAAAUCUAAGAAUAAUAAUCGAACUCUGCCAACCAAAGAUGAUCCCCAGAGUCAACAUAUGACAUUAAACAAGGCAUUUUACCUUAAAAAGAAAAGUAUAAAGACACAGAUGACUGCAGAAAAACCAAAACAAGAUGCUACUGUGCCCAAGAAACCUGUACUUGGAUUUUAUCGUGGCCAAAUUGUUCAGUCUAAGAUUAAUUCAUUUAGAAAACCACUACAAGUCAAAGAUGAGAAUUCUGCAGCAACAAAGAAACAUUCAGCUACUAUCCCUAAAGCCACCAAGCCUCCCUAUAUAAACACCAGCAAUAUAACAGUGAAAAGUGAUGGAGUCUCAAAUAUGACGGCUACUGCUACAUUUGUGAGCACCACAUCUCAGAACACACAACUUGUGCGACCUCCUAUUAGAAGUCACAAUGAUACCCAGAACACCAUGAAACAAGACAUCAGAACCUCUGCCAAUGUUACACUCCAGAAGGAGCCUCGUGAAAAAGAAUUUUUACAAUCAAAACCAGUUUUAUCUGGUGUCAAAACCAGUUCUUCUCAGGACAUAAAAAGAAAUAAGGCACUAUCAAGAAGCAUAACAUCUGAAAUUGUAGCCAGGCCUGCUUCAUAUCCUAAUACCAAACUGAUAGAAAAAUUCAAACCCAUUGACCAGCAAAGAUGUACUAUAGUAAAAGUAACUGUUGAUAGUAGAUCAGCUCGGCCGAGAGAGACUGCAGAAGAGAGAAAAACUUGUCUAAGUGAGUGGAAAACUGGCAAAGGGAGAGUGUUGAAAAGGCCUCCUCUCCCAAUAGUUACCCAGUGUGAGUCUGAAGGACAAAAUGAAAAACCAGUUGGGUCCUUUUGGACUACCAUGGCCGAAGAAGAUGAGCAAAGAUUAUUUACUGAAAAAGUACACAACACAUUUUCUGAAUGCCUGAAGCUGAUCAAUGAGGGAUAUCCAAAAGAAGAAAUACUGACCACACUGAGCGACUUAAUUAAAAAUAUUCCAGAUGCCACAAAACUUGUUAAAUAUUGGAUAUGUCUUGCACGUAUUGAACCAAUCACAAGUCCUAUUGAAAAUAUUAUUGCAAUCUAUGAGAAGGCCAUUUUGGCAGGGGCUCAGCCUAUUGAAGAGUUACGACAUACAAUUGUAGAUAUUCUAACAAUGAAGAAUCAAGAAAAAGUCAAUUUUGGACAAAAUAUUGAGGAGGCUUGUGCAACCAAAGAACAAGUUCAAGAAGUCAACAUCAGAGGUAUAGGUGUUAAUCUAGAGCCAGUGGAGAAUAAAUAUCAUAGAGAUGUGCUAUUUCAAGGUGGUAAAAAAGCACAAGAUGACAAAACAAAAGAUCCAACCAAUGAUGAUAAAACCCCCAAUACAAAAACUAGAGCAGGCUGCUUCAUUAAAUAUUAUGUAUCCACUACACCAAACUUGCAAAGUGUAAAAAAGAAGAUGCAAUUUGAUGAAGCAAAUUCUGCAUUUAAAGAGCUGAAGUUUUUAACACCAGUGAGACGGUCUCGACGUCUUCAAGAGAAAACUUCUAAAUUGCCAGAUAUGUUAAAAGACCAUUAUCCAUGUGUGUCUUCACUGGAACAGUUAACAGAGUUGGGAUGUGAAACCGAUGCUUUUGUUUGUCGCCCUAAUGCAGCACUGUGUCCGAUGUACAAAGCUGAAGCAACAGAAGAGAAAUAAAGCUUGCUAGGAAAGUGGUUUUCAUCACUCCUAGGGUAUUUGGCUUUGUUUUGUGUGGCUUUGGCUUGCCCUCAGGUCUCAAGUUGGUCAAGUACCUAGGCAUCCUAAGUGUUCGUGGGAGGGUGUUCCUUCACUAACGCUCAUGUCACAGCAGCAGUUGCCCUUCUGCACCUCAGAUAGCUAAUCCUGCCUUGUCAGUCUUAGCAGACUUAGUUCUUCUUUAAGAUAGAUGCAUUUUGUCAGCUAUUUUACUGUGUUCCUUGAAUAUAAACAAUUUUUCAUUAUAAAAGAUGAUUUAUAAAAUUUUGUAUGUAAUAUGAAUAUGGUUGACGAUCACAUAUUCAUUUGUAUGAUAACUUUGUUCUGUGUAUUGUCUCAUGUUCUAGAGAGUAGGAUUCAUAUUCCUUUUUAACUGUAUACCUAAUAUACAUACAAUAAAAAUAUCUAUAUAAUGUU